AUGAUGAUUACGAAGCUGCUUUUGGGAACUGAGAGGGAAACUGAGAUAUUUUAUCGUUGCGUUUUCUCCUUUAUUUCACUCAAGACCAAGCGUGGUGCAGCCGCACUUGCCCGUUUGAAGGCAUAUGAGGGUGUUCAACCUCCUUAUGAUAAGAUGAAGAGGAUGGAGCUUGAGAACAAGAGGAAGGAGAGGGCCCAGCUUGCAUACGAGAGGAAGAAACAAUUGAACAAGCUGAUGGUGAAGGCAGAAAAGGAGUAUGGUUUAUGCACUGAAACUUGGAAAGGCAUUCCAGCUGGUGAAUGGACACUGUGCUCAUUGUGA